CAAGAAUUACAAUCGAUCCAGCUGACCAUUGUCUAACCAUCAUUUUUGAUUCUUAAGAACGAUCUCUCGUUUGCUAAAACAGCGAAAUUACUUAUUCAGCGUCAUGUCCGAUUUAGUUAAAGAUUUAUUGUCGCAAUAUUACGGCCUUGGGGCAGAAUCGAGUGGCAAAAGAUGCAUGUCGAUUCAUCGUAGCAUCGAAAAUGCAAGGAACGAAGAAGAGAAACAGGUUACUGAGCAAGCUUCUUUAACCAACGAGGAAAAUACGUCUGAUGAAGAGUUUCAGAAAGACGAAGAUGAAAAUCGGAAAUUAAGCAUUGCGGACGAAUCGUACCCACGACCUUCGCGAGUUUUAGAUAGCAUGGAGGAUGCGUACGAUAGCGAUGAAACCUUCGACGUGAAGGACAUCGAUUUUGGGCCAAAUAUUAUGUGCAACAUUUUCGAAAAUGUGUUAUCUGAGCAAUCACACGAGCAAUUACCUGACCAAUUAUCUGUGGGCGACGUCCCCUCAGAUUAUAUUAAACCGUAUAUUGAGGAUCGAGAAACAGAAAUAAACGAAGUAAAGGAUAACACCAAAAGUGAUUUAGAUCUGUCAUUUGUCGAGGACAGUUUUCCAGACAAUACUUCAGAAGCUUCUUCAACGACAGCAAAAGAAUCGCGAAAAUCUUCGAAGAGUAGUAUAAACUUACCACCGUUAGCACCAAAGAAGGAACCUGUUUGCAACGAAAUAUUUGUAGACUUUUCUAGUAUGGACUUGAAGCAAUUCCCCAGUGAAAUAUUGAACAACUUUUCGCAAUUAAGGAUGUUAUAUUUGUCGAAUAACAACUUGGUUGAGAUUCCAGGGGAAGUUUUUAAUGUUUUAAAAUACUUGGAAUGGUUAGAUGUCAGAAAUAAUCAGCUGUCUUCUUUGCCAGCUAGUAUCAAGCGGCAUAUGUGCUUACAAACGAUUCUACUUCAACAGAAUAAAGUGGAAAAUUUACCGUUAGAACUUUGCACCCUGCCAAAUCUGAAAACACUUCAAGUGACACAGAAUCCCCUUGUCAUGCCACCGAAAGAUAUCGUGGCUUCCGGUUGCGCGGCUAUUUUGACAUUCUUACGAAUCGAGUGGAAUAACGCGCAUCCUGAAGAACGAGUCGAACCCAAAGAAAAAAAAAUCGAGCCAAAAUUGUCGACGAUUCUGUGUUAUCAAUCUCCACGAAAGAAUAAGAAGAAACUUGUGCCGUUAAAAGACGUUAUUUCCAACAAAAAUGUAUCUACAAGAGAGAAACGUAAAUCGUAUAAACCCAGUAACAGAUGUGAAAACAAAGGUCCGAACAUUAUAGUAGAACAUCGUUUAUUAUGGUUUUCCAAGUUGAGAGAAUUAUUUGCUAGACAAACUGCAAUACUUCAAAAAGUAAAGGAUGAAACUGUUUUAAAGGAAUGGAGACGAGAUAAAAGAAGUUACAGCAAAGCUAUGGCGAAGGCAAUGAAAAGAAACGAAGAUGACAUUCCGUUUGGUUUCGAUAUUGAAGACUAUGCUUCCAUAUUUAAACAAAAUUCCAAAUUGAAAAAUUUGGGACUCAAAAAGAAGAACAAACAAAAAUUUUUAUCACCGACAGACAUUAACAAGAAAAUCAACGAACUAUUAGAAUCCUUAAAUAAACUUGAGAUAAAUACUACGGACGAAAUAACUCCUAGAACGAAACAAAACUUGUUUAAAAAUGAAAUAGAAAAGAUAUUACAAUUCCAAAGUGAAAUUCAGAAUUUGCGGAAAUACAAUGAUGUUGCAACAUUGAAGAAUUAAACAAAAACUGCAACGAUUCUGGUAAAAUUACCGAUCACUUUUAUCCCGAUGAUUUUACCGAUGUCAAUUUUGAUUACAUCAGGAGUAUCAGUCUUGACAUGUUUAUUUAAAUAAAUCAGUAAUAAUCACAUAUCGUUUUAAUAGUUAAUUACAUGUAUGUACUUAACAAAUACACGACGAGACAACUGGAAAUAUAUUAUUGUACGCACAUGGUUUUUUCUUUUCAUCGUUUAAAAAGCAUCGAAAAGAGAAAACACGUAUUAA